GAAAAAGAUAAAGUUGUGUGGUUUAGCAGAAAAAAAUUAGUUGUCACGGAAUCAUCAUUAUGUAUUCUAACUAAAGUUCUGAUUAUUUAAGCAUAUGGUGACAUAUGUAAAUAGGAGGAAUACCUGCCAGUAAGUAACCCAGCAAUUCCAGAGACUGUCAUUUAAUUUGGAACCUUUGUUUCUUGGAAACAUUUGCUUCUCUUGGAAAACUAUUGACACAAGAAAUCACAACAGCUUUCAAUUCUAGAACUUCAAAAUGCUGAUACACACAUUUGCCAAAAAUUUGCGACAACCACAAAAAACCAUUGUUGGAAGACUUGCUAAGUAUUUUAUCAUAAUAAGGAGUAGAAGAUUAGAGAUAUCUGCAGUUGAACAUUGUAACAUUAAACCUGAUUAUAAUGUUCUUGAAGUGGGUUUUGGCCCUGGGUUAGGCCUAGAAGCAGCCUAUCAGAAGAUCAAAGGUGGCAAAGGGAAAUUACUUGGCCUUGACUUGUCGCCUUAUAUGCUGGAAAUAGCAGCUAAACGACUGAGUGAAGGCAUCAGCAAUAAACAAGUGGAACUGCAUCUUGGAAGUGUUAUGGAAAUGCCAUUUGAAACAAAUUCCUUUGAUCGGAUCUUUCACUGCAAUUGUUUUUAUUUUUGGCCUGAUUUUGACAAAUGUGUUCAAGAGCUGUAUCGUUGUUUAAAGCCAAACUCAUUAAUGAUAACGACAAUUAAUUAUGAAAAGAUAAAAUCUGCAAAUAAAUUAGGUCUAAUGAGAUAUGGCAAUAUUGAUGUGGAACAUUAUAUGAAUGUUCUUAGCAGGAAUAAAUUCGAAAAUGUAAACAUGAAGACUCACAAGUACAAGAGCGAAGAAUAUCAGGCUAUUUCCGCUUUCACAGGAUCAAAAGAACAAUAAUUUAAUAUCCAAUUGCUUUCAAUGCUUCUACAUUGGUUUACAUCUUGCUAUAAAGUACAGUUUCGAUAUAAAUAUAUAUAAAAUCUA